AAAAUUUGAAUUAGAAAAAUUUCACCCAGAAAGAAAAAGAAAAAAAGAAACAGAAAAUCAGACCAGCUCCCCUCAUCGACGAUCGUCAGCCCCUGACGAGAUCUUCCCCCGACUGAAGCGGCGAUCAUUGCUGCUCCCGAGAGCAUUUCUGCUCCUACUCCACUGCGGCGUGCUGUUCGUUCGCGCUACCCCGCCACCAGCUUCUGCUCCACCCCCAUCGCCACCAGCUGCUGUUCCUGCCUCUUACUCCAUCUCAACCAGCUACUGCUGCUCCAGAGAGAAUUGAAAAUCGCCACAAAUUUCUUCAAUUUCGAGGGAAACUGUAGACUGGGGAUUUCGCUCAAUUUCGGUACUAACCUGACUCCUCUGAGGCCGAGCACAAAGUCAUCUUCACUGGUACAGACUGUUUUCAGAAGAAGACCGGCAGGGAGAGGAAGCAGAAGGUGGCAAAAGUUGGGGAUGGGUGUCCAAUUAUUAUGGAGAUCAUUGUCAUCUGGCAGAGGGAUUUUGAAUAUCUCGAGAAUCCUCGUACCAACUUCCGAAUGUCCGUGCUCUCUGCAGGCAACAUGGAGAGGAGAGAAAAUAAAAAGGGCACACAGCUUCUCAUGGAACAUGCGCAACAGAAGUCUGAAUAUUACCACUGCUUCUGGUUCAAAAGAUCAGAGCAGCAUUAGUAGCAGGAACUACUUGGAGUUGGCUGAUGAAGAGCUAAUGAAGCAGUGUGAGAUGAGCACAUUCCGGACAUCGGGGCCUGGGGGUCAACACCGCAACAAACGCGAUUCAGCUGUCCGUCUUAAGCACCUUCCAACAGGCAUCACUGCUCAAGCUUCUGAGGACAGGUCCCAGCACAAAAAUCGUGCCUCUGCUCUUUCCCGCCUUCGUACCCGCUUGGCUCGGAAAGUUAGGAACACCGUGGAACUUGAUGCGUAUUCACCACCCCCGGAACUUCUUCAAAUACUUCCUGCCAAGUCCACCUUAAAAGACUCCGGCCCCCAAAUUGGACCCAACAACCCCAAGUUUAAUGCGGGAAUGCAAGCCUUGUUAGAUCUCCUAUAUGCAGUUGAAGGUUCUGUAUCUGAUGCUGCAAGUAUGCUUGGCCUAAGCACUGGGGCAUUGUCUCGUCUAAUCCUAUCUGAUGAUUCUCUUCGGAUGGAAGUAAAUGAGCUAAGAGCUUCUAAGUUGGGCAUCCAUUGCAGGGGAUGAAGCCUCUCAAGUAGGAUCCCCCCUCUCUGUACUGUUUGGGUGGUGGAAUAUCUUUCUAUACUUCUAUAGUUCUAGAAGUGCGAUGGCUGGCAUCCUUUAAACAAUUGGGAGCAUAUGGCAUAGAUGUAGGAGAUAUAGCAGAGUUGGAGGAGGGUUGGACGAGUGGGACGAUUGAGAUUGAUAUGCGAGUUUCGAUGUUUGUACUUCUUUAAUAGCUCGGAGUUGGAACUUUUCUCUUGUUCUACCAUUGGGUUGCACUUCCACUGGCCCUUGCUUAGAGUGUCUCCCCUGCACUGCCUGAUCAUUUCCAUCUCCCUUUCCCAUGCAGUUUUCUCUAUCCUUUUUCAUAUAAAAAUAAUGAAUAUACUAGAAGUAGAUCUGCGACACUCGAAGAUUGUUAAAUUAAUAUUUCAUUCUUUCAUUCAA